AUGUUACCUAGUUCACCUGCAACUUUAUUUAGUCUUCAUCCACCAGGUAAAACUAUUGGACGAUCAUGUAAUGCCAAUAAACGAGAGAAAGAACGAUUAACAUCCGUUCUAGAUCGUAUAGCUAAAUCGGAAGAUAAAGCCAUUCGCAACAUGUCGAAAUCAAUUUCAUCCCUUCAAGCAUCACUAGAUAAAGUCAGUAUAAGUGGUAAUUCUGAUAUAUCUUUAGAUGGAUUUGAGAGCAAAAGUGCACCAACAACACCCAAACGAAGGCGCAAUCUUAAAUCUAGCGAGACGUCACUAUUUUCUUUCGACGAUGACUUUCCAGAACAUAAGAAUAGAUUGCCUACAUCAAGGUCAUUACAUAAUAUACCAACAACUAAUUCUGUUCUCAUCGACGACGCUUUACUAAAGCAAGGGUGUAGAAGAAGACGCGGUCAUCAUAACUCACUACCUAGUAUAUUUGAUACAGGAAGUAUGUCGGCUCCAUCUUCACCAAAAACACCGCCUUCAAUCAAGCAGUUACAAACGACUGAUAGGCUAUCAUCACCGCAUCAGCAUACUUUUACUCAUCCAACAACUGGUCAAACUAUUAAUCAUCGUCGUUCCUCUGACGCACACAAAACUAUAUCACAAAUUGUUGAUAGUUAUCGAGAUUUAUCCUCAACUCAUCAAGGUAAAUCGAUUGGAAAAUCAAAUCAUACCCAUAAAUUUAGACGUUUUUCAUUAGGUACUACUGGUGAACAUGAUAUAAAGCCUAUCAUACCAAAUCAAGAUCGAAAAAUGACCAAUACAAAUUAUAAAAUCAAAAAAAAGAUCGGCUAUGAGCCGAAUAUAGAUAUGGAAAAUGCAGUCUAUGAUCCUAAAAUUCCUAAGCAUAAGUCUAAAUUUGCUAAACGAUCGUGA